CUGAGUUUUAAAGGACAAACGAUUCAAAAUGAUCAGAGGACAUCUUUAGUAGCUCUUUUCUGAAUUAUGAAUGUAACUUCUGACAAGUCCACUGUGCCACUCCACUGCUGAGAGAAGCUCCCCGUGUGAUGGAUCAGCUUUGCGCAACAGGUUCUCCAAAGAACAUUUAAGCUCGAACUCUGAUCCAUGUAGGGAACAAAAAGAAGCAUGCUGUCACCGCUUUGGCCCUUUGGCAUCGAGCAGGAGAUCAACUCAUGGGAUGUAGUGGCUGCAGAUUCAGGGUCAACUUUGGGAAGGCGCUGUCCAAAGUCUCGGUCUUUUUCACCAUGGUCCUAAUCUUCACCUACUUCUUCUACUGCCUCACCGGAUUUUGUGAUUCGGCUCCAAGAGCUGCAUACAGACAAGAAACUUCAGACUUGGACUAUGACAUUUUGGACGAUCUGCGGCCACCCCGGCGCCUCUUCCCCGAUGCGCCGUUUCAGCGGAACCGCACAGGCUCCGAGGACGCUCCGGCUGAGCCGUCACAGAAUACGCUGGACAGCGAAAAGGAGACUGUCCAGAGCAACGACAUUCCCGUGUCCAACACUUUCGGGACCAAAAGGUUUCCGCAGGCGAUUAUAAUCGGCGUGAAGAAAGGAGGGACUCGCGCCCUGCUGGAGUUUCUCCGCAUCCACCCGGACGUGAGAGCGUUCGGCGCGGAGCCGCACUUCUUCGACAGGUUUUACGAUAAAGGGCUGGAGUGGUACAGGAACCUGAUGCCUCGGACACUCGACGGGCAGAUCACUAUGGAGAAGACACCCAGCUACUUUGUCACCAAAGAGGCUCCAAGUCGCAUCUGCACUAUGAAUUGUCAAACCAAGCUUAUUGUCGUCGUCAGGGACCCGGUGACGAGGGCUGUGUCUGACUACACCCAGACGCUGUCCAAGAACCCAGGGCUUCCAUCCUUCCAGAGCCUCGCUUUGAAAAACUCCUCCACAGGUUUGAUUGAUACCACGUGGAGUGCUGUGCGCAUCGGCCUCUAUGCCAAGCACCUGGAGAACUGGCUCCAGUACUUCCCUUUGUCUCAUUUUCUGUUUGUUAGCGGCGAACGACUGGUGUCUGAUCCAGCUGGGGAGAUGGGCCGAGUUCAGGACUUCCUGGGUUUAAAAAGGGUUGUUUCGGACAAGCAUUUCUACUUCAACCAGACAAAAGGUUUUCCCUGCUUGAAGAAGCCAGAGGGAAGCAGCAGACCCCGCUGCCUCGGAAAGUCUAAAGGCAGGCCUCAUCCCCAGAUCCCCUCUGAGGUACUGCAGAGACUCAGAGACUUCUACAGGCCCUUCAACCACCGUUUCUACCAGAUGAGUGGACAGGACUUUGGCUGGGACUAAGCAAGAGUCUUCUUUGUGGAGAGAUGCUCAUUUACUGUUUCCACAGGGCUAAUGUUCUCAGGGUACUGGGAGAGACAAAGUCCAUUCUGCCUCAGUGGAGUCAACACGACAUGCAGCACUCAUGAACUGUCACUGUGUUGUUGUAUUUUGAGGCUCAGACGGACAUAGUGCUGCUAAUAUAAAAACGACAAAUUUAGUUAAUGGCUUAAAUAUAUAACCGUUAAACUGUUUUUGACAUUCUUUAUGUACAGAUUAGAAGAAAAGGUGAUAUUUAUAGUUUCUGUUGAAUACAACAGGUAUUUUUUUAUUAUUAUUAUUAUUAAAGAAGUGUAUUUAUUGCGCGACAAAGCAGGACAUAAUACCAACAUCUGACAGGACAUUGGGAGUAAUGUAAUACUCUUUGCCUGCAUUUACAUAUUUUCCAGUCUUUUGAAUGCUACAUACAGUUUGAUGUUGCAGGACAUUCCUCAGUGCAUUGCAGUUGAUAUACCAAUGAUACCUCAUUUGUAAAUAUUAAGUCGAAACCAUGCGUAGACACAU